AUGGCCCAGUACCGGGAAACCGGGAGCCCAGAGCACUUGUGGCCACAGAGACACUCGCACGCAGCCCUCGGGGUGGGCGGGGCCGGCUGCAGGCAGAUGGGGACGAGGUGUGCUCCCGGGAGGCCUCAGGCUGAAGGUGGCCCCAGCUUGGACAGGAAGGUUAGAGGUGGGGAGAGCAACCUAGGGCGCCCCCUCGGAGCAGUGGGAGUGGGAAGAGGGGCGGGGGCGGAGGGAACCCGCGAUGGGAGGCGAGUGGGCUCUCAGCAGAGGCCAGGGUCCUGUGACGCUGUAUCCCCUCCUUCACCCCGCCCCCCUCGCGAGGCCGCGCCGCUGGGUGGCCUGAGUCCACGGGCAGAACCCCAUCGCCCGCCCCUCUCAGACCCGCCUCUGCCCGCCUGCCUGGCCCUGCGCAGCUUGCGGCCCGGGGACCUCGAAGGUCCCCGCGCACUCAGUCAGCGGCCUCUGCUGUGUCUGCUGCUCCUGCUGGGUCUGCUGCUGCGGCUGGUAACCCGUGCGACCACACCGGGCACCUCCAGCACCCCAAGUCCGCGGGAGCGCACGAGGGCCCUGAUGCGGGACUUCCCGCUUGUGGAGGGCCACAACGAGAUGCCCCUGGUCCUGAGGCAGUUUUACCACAGUGGGCUACAGGAUGUUAAUCUGCGCAAUCUCAGCCAUGGUCAGACCAGCUUGGACAGGCUGAACGAUGGUCUCAGAGGUGCCCAGUUCUGGUCAGCCUACGUCCCAUGCCAGACCCACGAACGGGAUGCUGUGCGCCUCACCCUGGAGCAAAUUCACCUCAUCCGCCUCAUGUGUGCUUCCUAUUCUGAGCUGGAGCUUGUGACCUCAGUUAAAGCUCUCAACAAUAGCCGGAAGUGGGCUUGCCUCAUUGGUGUGGAGGACGGCCACUCACUGGACAGUAGCCUCUCCAUCUUGCGUACCUUCUAUGCGCUGGGUGUGCACUACGUGACACUCACCCACACCUGCAACGUGCCCUGGACGCAGAACUCAGCAAAGGGUAUCCACCCCUUCUCCAGCAAUGUCAGUCGGCUGACAUGCUUUGGCGAGAAGGUGGUGGCAGAAAUGAACCGCCUGGGCAUGAUGGUGGACUUGUCCCAUGUCUCGGAUGCUGUGGCACGGCGAGCCCUAGAAGUGUCACAGGCACCUGUCAUCUUCUCCAACUCAGCUGCCCAGGGUAUGUGCAAGAACACUCGGAAUGUUCCUGAUGAUAUCCGGCAGCUUCUGAAGAAGAACGGUGGCAUCGUGAUGCUGUCUUUGUCCGUGCGGGUGCUGCAGUGCAACCCGUUAGCCAACGUGUCUACUGUGGCAAGUGAGCCUCACCCUGGGCUCUCUGAAAACUCUGAUUUGGAGCUGAAGCUGGGUCUAAAUUUAGGGAGGACUUCAGAAGAGCCCCAGUGGUUUGACCCACUUGUUGGCAAUAGGUACAUCUCCCAAAAACCCAAUAAUGGACAGUACACAGCACCUUGGUGCCAUGUAGAACUGGAGCCACAGAAUCAAAACUGCGAUACCGAUGGGUAUCAGGGAGGCUGUCAGACACUGCUUUAUGUCAGAAACAGAAAGAAAAUAUCCACUAUCAGAACUGUUUGA